GGAAGCCAUAGAGGGUGAGACCGGCGGGGCUUCUGCUGUCGCUGCAGCAGCCACUGCAGCUGCCUCUCAGCAAAGAUGCUUGAGCUCCUGCUCCUGCUCCUCCCUCUCCCCUUUCUCCUAUACGUCGCUGUUCCCCAAAUCAGGAAAAUGCUGUUCAGUGGGGUGUGUACAUCAACCACCCAGCUUCCUGGGAAGGUAGCUGUGGUCACUGGAGCCAACACAGGCAUCGGGAAGGAGACGGCCAGAGAGCUGGCGCAAAGAGGAGCCCGGGUAUAUUUGGCUUGCCGGGAUGUGCAAAAGGGGGAAUUGGCAGCCAAAGAGAUCCAGGCCAAGACAGGGAACCAGCAGGUGUUGGUGCGGAAACUGGACCUUUCUGAUACUAAAUCUAUUCGAGCCUUUGCUAAGGGUUUCUUAGCAGAGGAAAAGCAGCUCCACAUUUUGAUCAACAAUGCAGGACUGAUGAUGUGUCCCUACUCCAAGACAGCAGAUGGCUUUGAGAUGCACAUAGGAGUCAACCACUUGGGUCACUUCCUACUGACCCACCUGUUGCUAGAGAAGCUGAAGGAAUCAGCCCCAUCAAGGGUCGUGAACGUGUCUUCCUUAGCACAUCACUUGGGAAGGAUCCACUUCCAUAACCUGCAGGGCGAGAAAUUCUACAACUGUGGUCUGGCCUACUGUCACAGCAAGUUAGCCAACAUUCUCUUCACCCGGGAGCUGGCCCGGAGGCUGCAAGGCUCUGGUGUUACGACCUAUUCUGUACACCCUGGCACGGUCAAAUCUGAAAUGGUCCGGCACUCACCUCUCCUGAGAUUCAUAUGGUGGCUCCUCUCCGCCUUCUUAAAGACGCCUCAGCAGGGGGCCCAGACCAGCCUGUACUGUGCCGUGACGGAAGGCCUUGAGGCUCUGAGUGGGAAACAUUUCAGUGACUGCCAUGUGGCAUGGGUCUCUGCGCAGGCUCAUAAUGAGACGAUAGCAAGGCGGCUGUGGGACGUCAGCUGUGACCUGCUGGGCAUUCCAGUGGAUUGACAGGUGGUGGCAGCCAGACCCAAGAGAAGAAGAUUGCAGUGGACUGCUCAGCACUGCCUACCAAACUAACUCUCUUUCGAGUGGCCAAAAGGAAGCAAAACCUUCCAGCCUUGCCCGCUUGGUAUUCAGUAAAAGCCCAGUACACUGCCAAAUUCAUCUAAAUGCCUUUCUUUUGUCCGGAUCUAUUUUGUUCCUCUUACUGCCAGAAUUUCUAGAAAUAUAGGAUAUGAAGACCCUCAUAUGACUUGCUCAAAUAAUAUUUUCCCUCCAAAAACCAACUACGUAGGAGGAUCCAAGCUAUGGCAGGGUCAAUUUAUGGGAAUUUGGACUCGUUUCUUCCCUCUUUAUUCACCGUGUAGUUCCUGCCAGCCAACCAUUCUUGACUUCAAGAGGGCCACACUUGCAGCCUCACCUAAACUCCAGGAGUCACUUGGCCCAGGAGCAGAGCUCAUCUCUUACUUCUUUAAGAAAACCAUCACAGCACCAAUAUCUGGACUCUUUCAGGAAACUCUUAACUGAAUCUGGAUUAUGGUUUGGCCUUAUCUUUGACAACCCAGAGUCACUGUUGUUAAGACACUUUCCCAGGUCUAGACUACAGAAGAGCUGCCUUUCCUAAGUAGUUUGUGGGGUUUGGUUUUAAUUGUGGGGGGAGGCAGAAAUAAAGGUCAAUUUCAAACUGUCAUUUAUUUUCCUGCUGUUUCUGAGAUCAGCAAGCAGGGGGAAUGAAGGAAGCAGUGUGAGAAGAUGGCCACCUGACUUCAGUUACUGACCCAAGACUCACUCAGCAAGGCCUCCUUUUGGUGCCCUCAGCUUCUCUAAGAAAACCAGAAAAAGAAGGUAAUGGCCGUUUGGUUGUUGUCAUUGGGUAUAUCUUCACGUGUUUUCUUAUAUAUCUCUUGAGUUGGGAAUAUUUUCACAAAAUUCAAAACAGCCACAAAGGAAUGGUAUUAAACUGGACUCUCAUGCAGGGUCCAGAUCAGAGACCGAGCAGACCAAUGUCAGUGUCAUUCCAUCUUUUAUGAAAAUAGUAGCACUGCUAAGGGAAGCAGACUCUGCAUAUGUUGAUAACUUCCCACCAAGAAGCACAUGGAUAGCAGAGAAGAAGUCCAAAAAAGGGCAGACUCCUGGGAGAUAUACUGUAUGCAAUGAAGGAACUAAUUGAGGAUUUAAAAAACAAAACAAAACAAAACAAAACAAAAAACCCAACAGCUAAAGAUGGUUAAAUACAGCUAUAGAAGAAUUGAGGGUGAGCACCUAAAUUAGCAAGACUGAUGAGGCACUAUCUUAACAAGAACCAAUCAACCAAGGUGGCAGAAAAAAAAAUAUAAGAACCCCAAUUCUUUAUUCAGAAAAAUUACCUUAAGGACUGACUUUCAGUAAUUACGUUCAAUUUAAUAAUCUUUCAGGGCAUUUCCUUACAUUAUCUUGACAAGGCUAAAUUGUCUAUUUGCUAAAAAUCUAUAUUUUAUUUGGAGAACUAUUAACAAAAGUAAUGCUGCCAGAGGAAAUUAGAGGAAUUGGUAAUGUUCCAUCACUGAGUACAUUAUUCUUUUAGAGUUUGUGAUUUUCUUGAACUGGCAAUUUGUAUGUUUAACUUUGGUGGAGAAAACAGUAAUAGGACCACAGUCUUCACUUCUAUUUGUAAAUUAAUAAUCAUUUGUUAAAUUGUUUUGACCAUUGAACUAUAUAUUUAGAAAUGGUCAUAUGGAAAAAUUGGAAAUCUUUUGUUUUGAUGGUAGUGCAUUAGAAUAGCUGAGUUAACACUUUAUUACUUGAUUUACAUUGAACUGUUCGUGACAAAUAAAAUUGUUUUUGAUGAUUUA